AUGCCCACUUCUACGAUGGCUUCCGCGUCAGCAACAGCUGGAAGCGCAUCAGAUCCGCUCGCAGGCGUCGACCACAUCAUCGUCAUCGACAAUGGCGCACAAAACAUCCGCAUCGCUUCCAUUCCUUACCCUUUCACUGCACAAGCCAUCUCUGCGGCCACCUCGCAGUCAUCACAAUCCUCAAUAAUUAGCUCAUCGCUCCUGGCGCAAUCCAUCGCCGUCGACGUAUUUCCCAACGCCAUCGCCCGCACGCGCACUCCACACACCAUCCCCUCCCUGCCCGCGACCGAAACAUCACCCACUGCACCACCGCCUGGAUCAAAGACUUCGAUAUUUGUCUCGUCCCACAUCCACACUCUUCUCGACGACUAUGCUGCUCUUCAUCUACGUCUUCCACACCAGAGCGGUAUCGUUGUCGAUUGGGCAGCGCAAAAGACCAUCUGGGACCAUGUGCUCACCAAUCAUCUCGCUAAGUUGCCCCAGGUCAAGAGCUCCGCCAAGAAGGGCAAGCUCCUGGAGGGGAAGGCGGUGAUCAUCACAGAGGCUUAUUUCAAUCUCGAACACUCGCAGCAUGCUACAGAUCUGCUACUCUUCGAACACUACGGGGCACAGGCCGUCUGGAGGACCUCUUCUGCUACGCUCGCCGGCUUGGGCACCGACGUCUUUCAAGAUGAUCUUCCUCUUUCGAGCUCGUCAGGAGCAGGUGAGGCUGAGGAUGGUCAUGCGGCAGCAGAGCAAGAAUCCAACUCUGUCGAGCCUGUCGAGGCUGCCGAGGCGGUCGAGGCACCUUCGGAGCAAGGCCCUCCAGCAGACCGACAGACUCCGUCUUCUGUACCGUCAAAACGACCGCUUCGCACACCUCGUGCUUCCACAACCUCCACCUCGGCCGUCACCGCCUCAGACUCUUCUUCCGCCCCUCUCCCACGUAUCCUUACCAUCCCACGCCCACAAGCCAUGCUAGUCCUUGACCUCGGCUACUCCUACUGCCACGCCAUUCCCAUCAUCAACGGCAUCCCGCAAUACCCCUCCAUCCGACGCCUCGAGCUGGGAGGCAAGAUGCUCAUUAAUCUCCUCAAGGAAACCCUCUCCUUCCAGCAGCUCGAUAUGAUGGACGAGUCCUGGCUCAUGUCGCACAUCUUUGCUCGCACUUCCUUCGUCGCAGCAUCCGUGGGGCAAAGGGUGUAUGGCGCUCAUGACAAGGUGCAGCGCGAACUGCAAGUGGUGCAGCGCAAGGAGGCUGCCGAGUGGACAUACAACGAUUUGCUGCUCAUGGCGAAAUAUGGAGGAGGCAAGAGGUUCAGUGUCACAUGGAAUCUGCCAGACUACGGCGGGCAGGCAAACGGUAGAGGUGGGAUAGAGAAACGCGACCGAGCGAGGUAUGGGUACAUCCUCGACGGUCCAGACCCGCGGGCGUACCAACAACCGUCGCAAAAGGACACCGACGGACAGCAGCACAAACUGCCCGACGUAGACGCACAGCUCGACUGGGAAUCCUCGUUCAUCGCCUCUCCCAUCACCACCAGCCACCAGCCCCAUCGUCCAUCUUCGCCCUCGUCUUCCUCGGACAACGACGAGGAAGACCUGCAAACGCUCACCCUCACAACCGAACGCUUCAGCGUCAUCGAACACCUCUUCAACCCCACCGCGCUCGGGCUGGACCAAAAGCCUCUACCAGAGCUCGUCCUCGACGCAAUCCGCUCGGUGCCCUCCAAAGCCGCCGCCGAUCUGUUGUGGAGUAAUCUCCUGCUCACGGGCGGGCUCGCCAACGCGGUCAACCUCCGCACGAGGCUCGCCAACGAGCUGCGGCCCCUCACGCCUGCAGACGUGCCCCUCCACAUCUGGCCUACUUCUUCCACGCGGUCGGACCACAGCCUGAUCCCGAUCCACGGCGGAGUCGCGUUGGCGUGCGAGCUGUCCCUUGCCGAAAGCAUGCGUUUGGAGCGGGAGGAGAAGAGGGGGGAGAAGAGCAGGAAGAAACCGCGGAAGAGUCGCGUGCCGGAAUCGAGUGCAGAGGGGAAUGCGGUUGCUGAGGAUAGGGUGGGUGCGAGGUGGCUGACGUAUGCGCAGUGGGCGAACCCGGCUGCUGGCGGGGCGGCGGCGGCAGCGGGAAGUGACGCAGACAUCAUCAGGUCUGCGAAUGCGGUGUUCUACCCAACGGCGGUAGCGAAGAGGUCUAGCACGGAGGCCUAG